AUGGUUUUAUUGGCAUUCCGCAAUAGGAGAUGUCUUAAUAGCUGCUGUAUGGGGACGUUAUGCUUGCAGUUGUUGCUGUGGAUUUUAUGUGCCGUGAACGGAGAGGAGCAGCCGUUCAGUGUAGAGUCAUGGCUCCAGAGGUACGGCUACCUCCCCCCUGCAGACCCCAGAAUGUCGGUGCUGCGUUCUGCUCGAGUCAUGCAGUCCGCUAUCGCUGCCAUGCAGCGCCGCUACGGCCUCAAUGUCACAGGGUCCCUGGACAGCAGCACUGCAGGCGAUAACACAAUAAGGUGGAUGAAGAAGCCCAGAUGUGGGGUUCCUGACCAGGUAGGAGGAGCGUCCAGAUUCAGUGUCCGGAAACGGCGGUACGCCCUCACAGGACAGAAGUGGCAACACAAACAUAUCACAUACAGCAUAAAGAACGUUACACCCAAAGUUGGGGCGGAGGAGACCCACGACGCAAUUCGGCGAGCUUUUGACGUUUGGCAAAACGUGACGCCGCUGCGCUUCGAGGCCGUUCCCUACAGCGAGCUGGAGAGGACCAAGAAAGACGUGGACAUCACCAUCAUCUUCGCUUCAGGUUUCCAUGGCGACAGCUCACCCUUUGACGGCGAGGGUGGCUUUCUGGCCCACGCCUACUUCCCAGGGCCGGGAAUAGGAGGCGACACACACUUUGACUCGGAUGAACCGUGGACUCUGGGCAACCCCAACCAUGACGGUAACGAUUUGUUCCUGGUGGCGGUCCACGAGCUCGGCCACGCGCUGGGCCUCGAGCACUCCAACGACCCCACGGCCAUCAUGGCUCCUUUCUACCAGUACAUGGACACCGACAACUUCAAACUGCCCAUGGACGACCUGCUGGGCAUCCAGAAGAUUUAUGGGCCUCCUGAUAAACUUCCCCAGCCCACCAUGCCUUUGCCGACAGCACCCCCUCCCCGCUCCCAUCCUCCAUCAGACCCCCGCAAGCCAGACAGGCAGACGCGACCUCCGAGGCUGCCCCCAGGAGACAGGCCAUCCCACCCCAAUGCCAAACCCAACAUCUGCGAUGGGGGCUUCAACACCCUGGGCAUACUGAGGAGAGAGAUGUUCGUCUUCAAGGAUCACUGGUUUUGGCGGGUGAGAGAUAACUCGGUGAUGCCGGGGUACCCCAUGCUCAUCAGUGUUUUCUGGAGGGGCCUGCCGGCUAAGAUAGACGCCGUUUACGAGAACAGCGAGGGAAGGUUCGUCUUCUUCAAAGGGAAGCAGUUCUGGGUGUUUAAGGACACAGUGUUGCAGGCUGGAUACCCCAAGGACAUCGCCCAGUUCGGACACGGCAUGCCGGCCCAGAGCAUCGAGACGGCCGUGUGGUGGGAGGACGUGGCCAAGACCUACUUCUUCAAAGGGGACAGGUACUGGCGUUACAAUGAGGAAAUGAGAACCAUGGACCCCGGCUACCCAAAGUCUGUGACAGUGUGGAGAGGUGUGCCUGAUUCGCCACAGGGGGCCUUCGUGGACAAAGCCAAUGGUUACACCUACUUCUACAAGGGUAAGGAGUACUGGAAGUUCAACAACCACUUCCUGCGGGUGGAGCCGGGCUACCCGCGCUCCAUCCUCAAAGACUUCAUGGGCUGCGACCUGAUGCCCGUCGACCCCGCCCGGCCGCCGGCUGACGACGGCACCUCGGACGUGGUGAUCGAGCUGGACAACGAGGCCAACACGGUGAAGGCCAUCGCCAUCGUCAUCCCCUGCGUGCUGGCCCUCUGCCUGCUGGUGCUGGUCUACACCGUGGUGCAGUUCAAGAGGAAGGGCACGCCGCGCCACAUACUGUACUGCAAGCGCUCCAUGCAGGAGUGGGUGUAGGCCGAGGGAGGACAGCCCCACCUUUCACUAAGGAGGACAGUGGACUUUGGACUUCUUUAGUGACAGCCACGCCUCCUCCUUUCGGCUGAUCUGAUACUUUUGUUCAGAAACAGGCGGCCCCUCGUGCAUAAGGUGACCCCAGGACUGAAAGCUGACUCCGCUCACCUCCGCCUUUUUAACAAACAGAGGGGACAGCUUGUGGGGAUCUUCUUUGCUUGGAAUGGCAGUAAAAAAAGAGGGGCGGUAUCACUUUGUAUCUCAGAAACUUGACUUCCUAUCCCAUAACUCUGUAUUUCUUUGCCUGACUGCUCUUAACCAGAACGAGGACGCACUCUUCCCACAGGGCACUGCAUUGUCAUCUGUCAUAUCAGGCUGUUGAUGAAACAGCAGUUUUAUAUUUUCUGAUCUCGGUGCCCCCUUCGCUUCAUACUGUACUCAAAAGAUAAACUGUCUCGGAUACACACGAGUUAAUCACGUUACCAAUCUUACAUCUUUUACUUUGUUCAAUUCAUUUGCAAAAUGAGGUCCUCACUGUUCCCUUUAACACGCUCCUGAGAAAGAGACCAAACGAAACCAAAUAAUCAAAUUCUCUCCAAAGAGGAUCACUUUCUUUUUUCCAUUUCAGCUCAUCCUCCCUUCCGUUCUCUGGAUCUUUGCAGCGAUUAAGAGUCGGGGAGCUCUGACUGUUGUGGCAGUUUGUUUGAGACACAGGGGCCAAAUUAUUCUGCAAUAUUUUAACUCGCCUUAAUUAUACAUCAUAAUACUUGUGAUCGGUUUUGCUGUUUUAUUUUUUUUAUUUUGUAUACCGCUUUUGUUUGUUUGUAAAAGAACUUAAUUGAGCGCUUCUUGUGAUUGGUAUUUUAUGUUUUUUAUUACAUUACCCAGAGUUCUCAGCACUGGCUUGCUGAGCCAUUCUGGACAGAUAUACAGUAGCUCAGCCUGUAUUGAGAGUAAUGUAUUGUAUCGUAAAAAAAGAUGUCGGAAGGUUCUGGAGUAAAGCCACUAUUUUUUAUGUGUUAAAAUAUUUGUUAAUCAUUUCCAUACAACAGAAAUCAGGCGCAUCAUGAGCCUGAGAGCUUGUUACUGGAUUUUCUUUUGUCCUCGGCCCAUAUUCCCCUCAGUUUAAAGAAGUGUGCAUCCAAAAUGGUCACUCUGAAUGGUUAUUUGUGAAUGGACAGACCAUUUUUUUUGUAAUCCUGUUGACUGCCUUGUUGAGAGAGCUUACAGUUCCCAGAAUGCUCUUUGUCUCCUGACUGAGGACCCACAAAGUGAGACACCAAGUCAUGAUCAGUGCCUGUGUCAACGUGCAUGCAAGCAUUUACUGUACAUCCAACCAGUUCUGCUCAACGUGGCUUCAGAACCCCUCAAAACCCGAGGAGGAGGUUUGUCUUGAAAAUAUUGUUUGAAUUUAUUUUUGUACAUUUUAAGUGUACCCCAACAUCCCCUCCCCUUACUUCCAGGUACAAUUAAAUCAGAGAAAAACCUUUAAAAGAUGAAAGUGGUACAUCUGGGGAAUUGGCUAAUCAAAUUGGCUUCAGCAAACUUUAAGUGUCCUCGCUGUCAUGGCGCAGUCUUUGAAUGUGUGUCUGUUUUCAUGAUCACAUACUAGUUUUUCUUUAUUUUCCUGUUUUCUGGUAUAAAACAAAUUGGACAUCUCACAAUGACUUCUUUGUGUAAGACUUUGGGACACCGGAGAAACGUGUCCUGACAGAAUGAAUAAAUUGAUCAAUAUAUGAUUAAGAGCUG